AUGUCAACGUUUGUUUCGUCUCCGAAUAGACUUCCAAGUGACUCUGCAGGCCUCUUUUCGUCACAGCCUCCCUCUUCAAUUGGAAGAUCGGGUACUUUCACGCCUUCCAGGUCCAAUAACUUGUACAGCGAGCACAAUCAAGAUUCCCAAUUACCCCCAACAUCCAGUAUUGUCUCCGGUAGAAGAAGGCAGAUACAAGUUCCCAAGGUGGUUGAUGUGACUGCUGAAAAAGUCAGAGAAAGCUUCGAAUUAUUCUUGGAUGAAUUCACAACUACUAGUGAUUCCAAUGAAGUCGAACGAUUUUACGUGAACCAAAUUGACGACAUGAAAAACUAUGAGCUUUCGACUUUAUAUGUUGAUUUCCAACACUUGAUGGAUCGUGAGAAUGGAGUUUUGGCUAAUGCUAUUUUGGAACAAUACUACCGAUUCCACCCAUUUUUGGUCAAAGGUAUCAAGAAUUUGAUCAAAAAGUAUGCUCCCAACUUAUUAUAUGUUUCUAUGAUUGGUACCAACGCAGAAGAAAACGAAUCCAACGAGAGUGGAAGCACUACCUCAUCCCAGCUGAAUGAACGAGUUUUCCAGCUUUCUUUCUACAACUUGCCUACUUUGAAUAGAAUCAGAGAUAUCAAGACCGAAAAAAUCGGUUCGUUAAUGGCUAUCAGUGGAACCAUCACCAGAACUUCCGAAGUCAGACCAGAAUUAUACAAGGCUAGUUUCACUUGUGAUAUGUGUUCGGCUAUUGUUGAAAAUGUGGAACAAAUCUUUAAGUACACUGAACCCACUUCGUGUCCUUCCUGUGAAAAUCAGAGUUACUGGACAUUAAACAUUGGAAAGUCCCAGUUUGUUGAUUGGCAAAAAGUUAGAAUCCAGGAAAACUCUAGUGAAAUUCCAACUGGUUCCAUGCCCAGAACUUUGGAUGUCAUCUUGAGAGGUGAAACCGUUGAAAAAGCUAAACCUGGUGACAAAUGCAAAUUCACUGGUACUGAAAUUGUUAUUCCAGAUAUCUCGCAAUUGGGGUUCCCCGGUGUUAAGCCUCAGAGUAUCAAGGAAAACAGAAACCAAAGUAGUGAGUUGAAUACUGGUAUCACUGGGUUGAGAUCAUUGGGUGUGAGAGACUUAACUUAUAAAUUAGCUUUCUUUGCCUGUCACGUCAGUUCUAUGUCUAACAAGGAUGAAGAAAAUGAAUCUCACACUAGUGAAGAUGUUGAUGAUCAAGAAGCCUUCUUAACUUCUUUAACUGAUGCUGAAGUCAACCAAUUGAAAGUUAUGGUAAAGGACAACUAUAUUUACGAUAAAUUGGUCCAGUCUGUUGCUCCAGCAGUUUUUGGACAUGAAGUUGUCAAAAAGGGGAUCUUAUUACAAUUAUUGGGAGGUGUUCAUAAGAAAACUAUUGAUGGAAUCAACUUGAGAGGUGAUAUAAACAUUUGUGUGGUUGGUGACCCAUCCACUUCCAAGUCCCAAUUCUUGAAAUAUGUUUGUGCAUUCUCUCCUAGAUCUGUCUAUACUUCUGGUAAAGCCUCUAGUGCAGCCGGUUUGACAGCUGCGGUUGUUAAGGAUGAAGAGAGUAAUGAAUUUACUAUUGAAGCGGGUGCAUUAAUGUUGGCUGAUAAUGGUAUUUGUUGUAUUGAUGAAUUUGAUAAGAUGGAUUUGUCCGAUCAAGUGGCAAUUCACGAAGCUAUGGAACAACAAACCAUUUCCAUUGCUAAAGCUGGUAUACACGCCACCUUAAAUGCCAGAACCUCUAUUUUGGCAGCUGCCAAUCCAAUUGGUGGUAGAUACAACAGAAAAAUGGGUUUAAGAGCCAAUUUGAAUAUGACAGCACCUAUUAUGUCUAGAUUUGAUUUGUUUUUUGUCAUUUUGGAUGAUUGUAACGAAAGAAUUGAUACUCAAUUGGCUUCUCACAUCGUUGACCUUCACAUGUUACGUGAUGGUGCUAUCGAUCCACCAUAUUCGGCUGAGGAAUUAUCAAGAUAUAUCAAGUAUGCUAAGACUUUUAAGCCAAAGUUGACCAAGGAUGCUAGGAAUUUUUUGGUUGAAAAGUACAAGGAAUUAAGAAACGACGAUGCCCAAGGGUUAGGAAGAUCUUCUUAUAGAAUUACUGUGAGACAGUUAGAAAGUAUGGUUAGGUUAAGUGAAGCUAUUGCUAAAGCAAACUGUACUGCGGAAAUCACACCUAGUUUUGUUGCUGAAGCUUACGAUUUAUUGAGACAAAGUAUUAUCAGAGUGGAAAUGGAUGAUGUGCACAUUGAUGAUGAUGAUGAGGAGGAUCAAAAUGCAGACGAUGGCAACAAUGAUGAUGACAAUAAUGAUAACAACAACGACAACUACAACGCUGGUGAUAAUGUUGAUGAUGCAGACAGAGUUCAAAAAUCAGUUACAAUCACUUAUGACAAGUAUGUAUCGAUUAUGAACUUGAUUGUGAAACGGGUAAUUGAGGAUGACAAUCUGGAGGGUGAUGGUUUGACGGGAGACGAAUUGGCUGAAUGGUAUUUGACCCAAAAGGAAGACGAAAUCAACAGCGAAUUAGAAUACUAUCAGGAAAGAGCUUUAUGCUAUAAGGUUUUGAAGAGAUUAGUCAAAGACAAGAUUUUGAUGUAUAUAACUCAGAAUGAUGAGUUAAGCGAAGACCCUGAAAGCAGCAAGUCAGUGUAUGUUUUACAUCCCAAUUGCCAAAUUUUGGAUUUCUUUGAUCAGAAUCCUGCUUCUGUUGAUGAAGCUGAUGAUACUGAGUGA